UGUUUUGAUAAGAGAUGUUAUUUUAGAGACAAAGUCACCCAAAUCAAAAUCAUCAAACCUCAAAUUCACCUAAUCCUUACCAUCCUUUUCACCCCAACUAUGAAAAUGUCUGAAAUACAUUGUUUUUUUACAGGAAAAAGUCAGACAUAUAGUUGACAAUCGAAAGAAACAUAUGAUAAAUGGAUAUACUUUUUAAAUCAUAAACCAAUUCUAUAGCUGUAAUGAAUUCUUAAUAGUUAAUAUAAGUAUAGAUAAAAUUAGAAACAUGGGAAUUGGAUCCACAAUUUCCACUGAAUCAGAACCUUUCCCAACACUCACCAACAUUCAUCUUUUCAUCAGCAAUAGAAUCACUUCAAAGGUUGCAGAUUCUUGCUUUCUAAACUUAUCUUCAUGGCCAACAACGAUACAAACGAGCCCUUGCUAUUGAGAUUGCAGGACACUGAACCUCAAAAGGGUAAAAGACGGCUAAACCAAAGAAGGCUCCUUCGUUCUCGAAGUGCUCCUCAUACAGAUCAUGCUCCUCUGGUGACAAACAGCAAUGAAUCAAAUCCUCUUUCUGAGCCCAUGUUUGGGAAUCUACAUCCAAGCUUUAGAAAAGUUGCUAUAAUUCUUAUGGUCUAUUUAGGCAUAGGAACUUUAAUCUUCUACCUUGUCAGGAACCAGAUCAAAGGAAUGAAAACUGAUAGAUUCCUAGAUGCCCUAUACUUUACGAUUGUGACGAUGACUACCGUUGGAUACGGAGACCUUGUUCCCAAUAGUGACCUUACAAAACUACUCGCGUGCGCUUUUGUUUUCUCCGGAAUGGCGUUGAUGGGGCUAAUCCUAAGCAAAGCAGCAGAUUACUUGGUUGAGAAGCAAGAAGUUUUGUUAAUCAAAGCCAUCCACAUGCACCAAAAAGUCGGUCCAAGUGAAAUUUUAAAGGAGCUUGAGACCAACAAAACAAGAUACAAAUUUAUUCUGGUCCUUUUCCUUCUUUUGAUUCUCGUUAUUGCGGGGACAAUCUUCUUAGUCACGGUUGAAAAAUUGGAUGUUAUUGAUGCCUUUUACUGUGUUUGUUCAACAAUUACAACUCUUGGUUAUGGAGAUAAAAGUUUCUCUACUCAAGCUGGUAGAAUAUUUGCGGUGUUUUGGAUAUUAACCGGUACUAUUUGCGUAGCUCAGUUUUUCCUCUACAUGGCUGAACUAAACACUGAAAGUAGACAAAAGGCACUUGUCAGAUGGGUUCUUACCAGGAAAAUGACAAAUCACGAUUUGGAAGCAGCUGAUCUUGAUGAGGAUGGCACUGUUGGGGCUGCUGAAUUCGUAAUUUAUAAGCUGAAGGAGAUGGGGAAGAUUAGCCAAGAAGAUAUAACACUUGUGAUGAAAGAGUUUGAAGAGCUUGACAUUGAUCAGUCUGGUACACUGUCUGUUUCUGAUAUAACACUUGCUCAAUCAUCUUAGACCUACAUUAUAUAUACACAAGUUGUUUGAGAGGGGUUUUCAUUUUUAACUCCAACCACAACAAAGUUUGAUGAGGAUGGAAAUUGGAAAGUCUGAAUUUUUUGGAAAAGGUGCAUAUUUAUUCAUUGGUCAGACUCAGAUUUUUGCAGAUUUUAUGCUCACAGAUUGGAACAUUGUUCAAGUGUGAUAAAGUGAAAAUGAGGGAGUUAAUAUAGAUAUUGAUGUGUAUAGUGUAUAACAAACUACAAAGUUGUUUGAAUUUCAGUGCUUGUUUUUUUACCAUCUCAGGCUCUACUAUGAGGAGCCAAGUUCAUGGUCAAUGCUGUGUAAAUGUUCAAUUGAACUCUUGUUAAAUUUCUUAAAUCUUUUUUUGGUUAUAAAUUUUUUUAAGUGAUUUGGGUUCUGUGAA